CCCCUUCCCUCACAUAAACAGCCUCUAGCAGUCGCAUAACCCUCCAACGCCGCCGUUGGUUCUCUGUUUCCCGACGGAACGGAGGUGGAGAGGACGGAUCGGGCGGGAGUAACCCCCACUUACACCACCACCUCGUUUCUCCUUCCAGCGUUGUUCUGGUAGGUCUUGAAUAAAAAAAGAAGAUAUGGCCUUGAAGGUAGCUGUACUUCUGAGCUGUGUGCUGGGAAUUAGUACUCUGAACCUAGAAGACCCUGAGGAUGGAGGCAAGCAUUGGGUUGUCAUCGUGGCUGGUUCCAAUGGCUGGUAUAACUACAGGCACCAGGCUGAUGCAUGCCAUGCUUACCAAAUUGUGCAUCGGAAUGGUAUACCAGAUGAACAAAUUGUUGUUAUGAUGUAUGAUGACAUUGCUUAUAAUGAUGAAAAUCCAACCAAAGGCAUUAUUAUUAAUCGCCCAAAUGGCACAGAUGUAUACAAAGGAGUAUUAAAGGACUACACAAACGAUGAUGUAACACCACAGACCUUCCUUGCCGUGCUGAGGGGUGAUGCGGAAGCAGUAAAGAAUAAAGGAUCAGGAAAAGUAAUACGAAGUGGCCCCAAGGAUCACAUAUUUGUUUACUUCACGGAUCAUGGCGCCCCUGGAAUUCUGGCUUUUCCAGAUGAUGAUCUCAAGGUGCAACACCUGAACAAGACAAUUAGGUAUAUGUACCAUCAUAAAAAAUACCAAAAGAUGGUUUUUUACAUUGAAGCAUGUGAGUCUGGAUCAAUGAUGGAAAAUUUACCUAAAGAUAUUAAUGUUUAUGCCACAACAGCAUCUAACCCUGAGGAAUCUUCAUAUGCAUGUUACUAUGAUGAAAAGAGAGAAACAUACCUGGGGGAUUUGUACAGUGUCAAAUGGAUGGAAGAUUCUGAUGUGGCCAGACAGGUGAUUCAGGAAUCAAUGCACAAGAUUAUGAUUUUAAUAACGGGCUCUAAAGAGCAUGCAGAUAAAAUCUUGUCAUCUAGACUGAACCUCAGAAAUUAUGACUGUUACGAGUCAGCAAUGGAUCACUUUAAAAAACAUUGUUAUAACUGGCACAAUCCUUUGUAUGAAUAUGCUCUGAGACAGCUGUACGCCUUGGUCAAUGUUUGUGAAACAGGGUAUCCAGUUGUCAGAAUACAGUUGGCCAUGGAUCAAGUGUGCCUUGGAUAACUAUCCUUUCCAGUAAAAUCUACCUCCUUUCAAUCAAUUAAUCAGUAACCAUGACAUUAAUCUGGAAUAAUCAACAAGGAAUUAACUCAAAGCAAAAUCAUUUACAGGCAUAUGCUACAAAGCAACAAGCCCAUAUUAUUUUUAAAACAAGUGACUGGGUCCUACACUUUAAAGUUUUCACAGUAUGCGGUGUUGUGGUCCCACCCAGUCUGCGUUUUACUCCAGGAGCUGCUUCUGGAUUUCCCUGGUUCUUCAGAGCCCUCCCAGUUGCCACCUGGAUUUCUCUGGGUCAGCCUGUGAUACUUUUAUUUGUAAUACUUUACAAAUGGGCUGAUUUACAGAAGCUCUUCUUUUAAAUUGAAAUAUGUUUAGUUAUAAUCCUUUUACAGAGGCUUUGGGUGUCUCAACCAUUUACAGGUUAUAGAUUUCCCAAAAUUCCCUUUUAUGAAUGUAAUAAUCUUGGUUUUUAUAAUUGUAGGUCAGUGCUUUCAUGAUUUGAAGGAUACAUUAUUAAUUUAAAAGUUUACAUUGCAUGGCUCAAGAAUAAAAAGCCAUCCAUCUCUCCCUCCCCAUUAAAGCUGGGUAGGGGGAAACGUGCUGCAAUGCUUUAACAUGAUUCAGCUUCAUUAAGGGAACGAAUCACGGUCUCUAAGCUCAGGAGUGAUGGAAGCAUUAUUUUUCAGCUACUCCUGAAAGAGAAUAUACAUUGUGUUUGUUUUUAAGUCUGAUGUAUGUUUACAAAAGUUAAUAGGAGACAUUGCCGUAUUUAGGGCAAUCUUUGAAUUAAAAAGUUGAUAAACCA